UCUGAUAGCUCCCCGCUGGCCAGGGAAACAUUGGCUAGCGGAGAUUUUUCAGAUGCUACACGGCGAGCCAUGGCGGCUUCCCCUCCGCAGAGAUCUCCUGACGCAGGCACGCGGAUAAAUAUUUCAUCCGCAUCCAGAGCGCAUGGCCCUAUGGGCCUGGCCUGUGAGGGGUUAAAUCUGGCUGCCAGUGGGCUUCCCCAGAACGUUAUUGACACAAUUCAAAAUGCAAGGGCCGUUUCCACGCGUAACGUGUAUGAGGGUAAAUGGCAGGCAUUCGUGGGUUGGUGAGCGUAAUGCAAAGCCCUGUGUCGGACAUUUUAACUUUUCUGCAGGCACUGUUGAAUAAAGGCUUGGCUUUUUCCACUGUGAAGGUGUACCUGGCUGCUAUUUCAGUCUGUCACGUUGGCUUUGGUGACAAAACAGUGGGGCAGCACCCCCUGGUGUGUCAAUUCAUGAAAGGUGCACGACGGCUCCGUCCAGUGUCGAGGAGCCUCACUCCUUCAUGGGAUUUACCUAUGGUACUCGAUGCGUUGUCACGUGCACCGUUCGAACCGUUGCAGCAGGUUGAGCUCAAAGUGCUUUCCUUUAAAACGGCCUUAUUGAUUGCUCUGGUCUCUGCUAAGCGUGUGAGUGACAUUCAAGCGCUCUCAGUUAACCCGUCCUGCAUGCAGUUUCUGGGUGAGUCAAGGGUUUUACUGAAACCUAAUCCUGCCUUUAUACCUAAGGUUGCUACGGCUCUGCCAUGCCGUGCCCUUGAAUUAAUGGCUUUCUACCCACCACCAUUCUCCUCUCAGGAGCAUGAACGACUGCAUACGCUCUGCCCAGUACGAGCUCUGCGGUUAUAUGUGGAAAAAACAGCAGAUUUUCGUAAAUCAAAGCAGCUGUUUGUGUCGUGGGCUUCAUCACAUAAAGGAAAGCCUCUCACAAAGCAACGUCUUUCGCAUUGGGUAGUGGGGGCUAUUAUUAUGGCUUAUGAGAGCAGAGGCCUUGCACCCCCUGCAGGUCUGCGGGCUCAUUCCACUCGUGGUGUGGCCUCAUCCUGGGCAUUGUUCCAGGGUAUACCUGUGGAGGAAAUAUGUGAGGCUGCCAACUGGGCGACCCCUCACACCUUCACUAGCUUCUAUAAACUGGAUGUCACCAGGCCCACACUGGCUCACACGGUUCUGGGUGUGGGUUCCACAUUGCCAUGAAUGCAAGAUGCAAUCUGUUGGUCUUCGAGUGAGCUUAUCUGGCAAUACGGGAGCAGAAAUAUCCCAUAGUGAGAUACCGAAACGAAUGUUGAAAGAGAACUUUAGGUUAAGGA